AUGAUGAUGCCGACUUCUCGAUUGGUAGCGCUUCUUUAUCCGAAUGAAACUUGUGCAUAUCGGAAAGUCCGUCAGUUGAUUUCAUCGAAUCGACAUUUUUCUCCGAAUAUUUGUGAUGAAUUUGGUUGCAAUUUUCUUAUGUAUUGUCUUCGUUUUCAAUAUCAUCGAUUGCUUCAUUUCUUGUUGGAUGAAGUCUCACUUGAUUUGGAUUUUUCGGCAAAAGAUCAACAAGGGAAUACCAUUCUUCAUUAUGCAAUCAUUUACAGCGAAGGAAAUCUUGAAACUAUUGAUAGAUUAAUCGGAAAGUACGAAGAAUUUUACGUUGAAAUCGAUCAAAGAAAUGCUCUUGGAUUCACACCAUUACUUUUCGCCGCUUUUUGUGCUCGAUACGAUCUCGUUCAUCUCUUCUUAAUCAAAACUAAAUCGUCGCCAUUUGUUCGCGACUAUGUUCAAUACAAGAACUUAUUCGAGUACAUCCAACACGAUAUCAUAAAGAAGAAGCAUGACAAUGGCAAAACCAUUUCAGACAUCUUUCAACACUCAUCCAACUUUUUCGAGAAUCUCUUCCCCGAAAUGACGCAAACUGAAUUAGAAAGAUUACGUUGUUUACUAAAAAAGCGAUUCUAUUUCCAAUCUUUACCAUUGGAUCUAUUACAGUUAGUAAAUCAACGUUAUUCGCAAAUUAAAGUCAAUCAAACAUUCAAAAUUUCGAAAACAAGUCAUGAACAAAACAACUCGAAGAUAUCUAUUCAUCGUAUUCUACAGUUAUAUGAUCCAAAUCCACGACCGAAAAUUCUACCACCACUCUCGCCACAAGCUUCGAACAAACCGAUGAAAUUCAAGCAGUUAGGGACUAAAAUAACCAAAUUAAAUGCUUUCGCUCGAUCUUCAAUAAGAAAAAAGUCUUCAGCAUAA